AGAAAGUCACUAUGUAUCACAAGGGUUCCCCAAAUCAAACUUCGAGGUAAUGAACUAAUGGUAGUAACUUGAAAUUCUCCUACAUAUGCAAUGGGAAAGAAGCAAGUAAAACCCGAAUCAAUUCGCCGACGAAAUGGAGUUGAAUCGUCAACUCGUCAAGUUGAACCAACCAACUCACCUUCCAAAAACCUUUAUGGCAGAAACAACCACCGAUUCUUUGUCAUCAUUCUCGUCGUCUUCAUUGUAUCUUCCGCCAUUUCCAUACUUGUUUACUGCCAUUUCAAUCAGUCACCAGCUUCUUCAUUUGUGCAUAAUCGAGGCCUCGUUAAAUACGAUAUUACCUAUGAAGAGAUUCUCGCUGAGAAUUCUAGGGUUUCGGAGAAUGUUACGCAACGGCAUUUCACUAAAUCUGUUCUCGCUUACAUUACUCCUUGGAAUGUGGGAGGCUAUGAUAUAGCAAAAAGAUUGUGUUCCAAGUUUACCCAUUUGUCACCUGUGUGGUACGAUCUUAAGAGCAAAGGGACAAAUUUAGUUCUAGAGGGACGGCAUAAUGCUGAUAAAGGAUGGAUUGCCGAGUUGAGACAGAGAGGAAAUGUGCAGAUUCUUCCAAGAGUGGUCCUUGAAGUCGAUUCAAAGGUCCUGCUUAAAAACAAGAAACAAAGACAAAAAGCUAUUGACCUAAUUGUUACUGAGUGCAAAGACAUGGACUAUGAUGGUGUUGUCCUUGAAUCUUGGUCAAGGUGGGCAGCUUAUGGUGUUCUCCAUGACCCUUCCUUGCGCAAAUUGGCAGUACAAUUUGUUAAGCAGCUUACAGAUGCCCUACAUAACGUCAAUUCACUUGGGAACGAUCAACCCCUGCAACUAGUGUAUGUCAUAGGUCCUCCCUAUUCAGAAAAGCUUCAACCUCAUGAUUUUGGAACAGAAGAUUUACAGUCCCUUGGUGCUUCUGUUGAUGGUUUUUCACUAAUGACCUAUGAUUACUCAAACUCAUACAUUCCUGGUCCUAAUGCACCGCUUAACUGGGUGCACUCCACAAUAGAACUCCUCCUUGGUACUGGUAGUAAAAACCUUGCCAACAAGAUAUUUGUUGGACUUAAUUUCUAUGGGAACGAUUUUGUCGUAGCUGAAGGCGGUGGUGCUCGAGCAAUAACAGGAAGGGACUAUCUAUCUUUGUUGGACCAAUACAAACCCACCAUAAAGUGGCAUAACGACUUUGCCGAACAUUUCUUCUUGUACACGGAUGAUCAACAUCGCCAACAUGCGGUCUUCUACCCUACUUUGAUGUCAAUUGAAGAGCGACUAAAGGAAGCACGUUCAUGGGGUGCUGGCAUCUCAAUUUGGGAAAUAGGCCAAGGACUAGACUAUUUCUUUGAUCUUCUGUAGGCUCACGUCUUAUUUGUUAGGAUUCUAUAGACAAAAGUGCCUUAAAAUCUCGAAAGUUGACAGCAUGUCUCAUGAUGAGACCGUCACAUACAAGAAUUUGUGAUCCUAGAAUAUUCUACAUAAUAACUUGUAUGUGAUCGAUUUUCUUCCUACUGAAACUCUUUCUGAGUUGGGUUUUUAUUUCCCCAUUUAAGUUGGUUAUGUUGUAGUAUAACCAUUUGAUCCACAUUUUUGUUAUUUGACAUGUUUUCAACAGUUUAAUCGCUUAAUUAGGGUUGUGUUCUUGUGAUCUUAUUUUAACUUUACUAAGUUUAUUGUACUUUUUAAACGUUCUUUUGUUAAACGGAACUUGUAACUAGUGAUUCUAUAUUGUUUUUGUUUUGUAUGCUUCGAUUUAUUUUUUUUUUAAUAU